CCACUGUAAGCUUCAAUCAAAAGCUGCAAUGUGCCAGUUGAGGUUUUUUAAAUUGAACAGCAUUUUUAAAAUGAUGUUUACAAACACUAAUCCUGUAGUGACUAGUGUGGUUAGUAGUCUUAUUUUAUAGCACGAAUAGUUUUAUUUAAAGAAGACUCAAUGAGUGACUUAAAUUUUUGGAUUAUUAAUACAGCUCACUAUUUGUUUUACCUACAAAUUAUACAUACAAUGUAUAAUCUUAAUUUGUCAGAAUGUGUAAAAACUAGACACAAAUAUUUUUUUAAAAUAUUGUCCGACAAUAGAAAAAAAAUUAUUUUAUUUGGGGCAUCUCUGGCAAUAUUACUUUACAAUGAUAGAAAGUUAUUUGAUCAACAUUUUGUUGUAAUCUUGAUUGCGUACUUCAUUAUGAAAUAUGAAAAAUUGGAGAAAUCUACAAUCAACUAUGGAGUUGGCAUGGCAUGUAGCUUCUAUGAAGGUUACUUAGCCCAAAUUAUUCCCAGUAAUGGUGCAGAUUUUAUAGGAUUUGAGGAAAAUAUCCGAAACUAUGAAAACUGCCAAGGGGGUGUUGUAUUUCCUGUGAAGAAACUGUUCAUAGUAAUAACAAAGUCAUUGUAUUGUCCACCUGAUCUUAAGGAGUUCAAUAAAAAGGAUCCUAGCUUACCAUACCUGGAAGCUUGCCAGUCUUUGGGUGACGUGCAGAAAGACCAGGCCGGUGUAAAGAAUCGCAUAUACAGAAACAGUGCUUAUAAAAUUCACCGAGCAGGAACCGAUCCCGUGUACCUUGCCGUGGAGUGCGCUACACCACUACACACACUGCACAAAGUUCUUAAGAACCGGACUAUCUAUGAAGAGCUGGGCAGCAUAAAUGCGGAAGAAGUAGUGUCUGAUUUCUGUGAAACCCUUGGGACUAUUAUCAGGAAGACCCCCGAGUGCAGGGGCAAAUGCGAGCUGGUCUAUUAUGACGACGAGGACCCAAACCAGAAUUUAGCGGAAAUUCUUCUUGACAGAAUCGAAACGUUAAGAAAUCUGAGACUAUAGUAUUCGAUUUUGCUUCAUUUUUUGACAUGGGAAUCCUUAUAUCCUUUUUUUUUCAAUGUUGUGUUCAUUUUCAUUUUUUUUGUUCUUUUGUUUUAUGAUAGCUUUUUAAUAGUCUAUGGAAUAAAACCUUAAUGACGUACAAGAGUUGACCUAAAGGUUGUAAAUGUAGGUCAUAAAAUCCCAAAAAAAAUAAAUUACGUACGGAUAAUUAUUUAAAUAAGAAUUAGCUUUUAAUAUAUUUGUAAGAUUGUACCAUGAUUACUAAUUAGCAAUGUAAAGUAAGAUGAGAAAUUAUUUUAUUUUUCUAAUAAAUAUGUUUACCAAAUAAUAAA